AUGAUGAACAUGAGAGUUCUCCGGCAGCAAUGCCUUCGCAGCAAGCCUUCUCUGGCUACGCGCAUUACCUCCAGAACCUUUGCUACUCAGAAGGAUCUCCUCGGCUCAAGCCUUGAGCAAGGUGACCCUGAGAUUCACGCCAUCCUCAAGCGUGAAGAGAAGCGCCAGAACCACUUCAUCAACCUCAUCCCCUCCGAAAACUUCACCUCCCGAUCAGUUCUCGAUGCCCUAGGCAGUGUUAUGCAAAACAAGUACUCCGAGGGCUACCCAGGAGCACGAUACUACGGAGGCAAUGAGCACAUCGAUGAGGCCGAACGCCUUUGCCAAAGCAGAGCCCUCGAGACCUUCCGUCUCGAUCCUGAGAAGUGGGGUGUCAACGUUCAGCCCCUUUCUGGAUCUCCCGCCAACCUCUACGCCUACUCGGCCAUCCUCAACACCCACGACCGAAUCAUGGGUCUUGACCUUCCCCACGGAGGCCAUCUCUCCCACGGCUACCAGAUUCCCGGCAAGAAGAUCUCCAUGAUCUCAAAGUACUACGAGACCUUCCCCUACCGACUCAACGAGGAGACCGGCCUGAUCGAUUACGACAAGCUGCGCGAGAACGCCCUGCUGUACCGCCCCAAGGUCAUCGUCGCAGGUACAUCCGCAUACUCCCGCCUCAUCGACUACCCUCGCAUGCGUGCCAUCGCCGACGAGGCUGGUGCUUACCUUCUCUCUGAUAUGGCUCACGUUUCCGGUCUUGUCGCUGCUGGUGUUAUUGGAACACCCUUUGACGAGUCUGAUAUCGUUACGACCACUACCCACAAGUCCCUGCGCGGACCUCGUGGUGCCAUGAUCUUCUACCGAAAGGGCGUGCGAAGCACAGAUAAGAAGGGCAAGCAGAUUAUGUACGACCUUGAGGGUCCUAUCAACGCCUCUGUGUUCCCAGGACACCAGGGCGGUCCUCACAACCACACCAUCACCGCUCUCGCUGUCGCUCUUAAGCAGGCUCAGACCCCCGAGUUCAAGGACUACCAAGUCAAGGUCCUCGAGAACUCUCAGGCUAUGGCUAAGCAGCUCGGCGACCUUGGUUACAAGCUUGUCUCCGGCGGCACAGAUAAUCACCUUGUCCUCGUCGACCUCAAGCCCAACGGAAUUGAUGGCGCCCGUGUCGAGCGCGUUCUCGAGCUCGUGGGCGUCGCGAGCAACAAGAACACCGUCCCUGGUGAUCGCUCCGCCCUUAAGCCAGGCGGUCUCCGUCUCGGCACACCCGCCAUGACAACACGCGGCUUCAACGGCGAGGACUUUAAGCGCGUGGCCGAUAUUGUGGACCGCGGAGUGAAGAUCACCCUCGCGGUUGAUAAGGAUGCCCGUGCUGCCGCCGAGGCCAAGGGCGCCAAGAACCCUGCUACUGUGAAGAACUUCCUUGAGUACUUGGGCGACGGAUCUAAUGUCAAGGAGAUUGCUGCGCUACGGGAUGAGGUUGCUGAGUGGGUUGGAGGAUUCCCCCAGCCUUGGCUCAAGUCAUGA